UGUGUAUAUAAGUGACGGUUUUCCAUAUUUCGAAGUCAUUCUGCGUUCUCUAGUUGUCGAGGUUGUUUUUACUAAAAAGCCGCCGUCGCGUUAUCGUGUCUUUCAUAUAACGAGAACUGGUGCCGAUGAUAAUUUCAAUGACGCACAUUAAUAUCUAUCGAUUUGUGUUAUUUCCUUUAUUGUACAUCCUUCAGUAUUGCAGAUGCCUUCCCGCCGAUUUUCAAAGCACCACAGAUCCAGCAACGGUUGGGAGUCAGGAAUGGCGAACACGUCUUCAAUAUACGGAACUGUUUCGAUUUCCGGAAAAUAUUUCCCAUUCGUACCUUCGUGACAAACGCGAUUCAAUGCAAAAAUAUCAAACUUGUAUUGCACCAGGUAACCGAAACGGCCACUGCAAGCAUUUCCAAGAUGGAUGUGUGAAUCUCAAUGUAUCUCGAUCAUCGAAGAACUUUGGAUUGAAUCUUGUGGACUAUAUGUGCAUAAUUGAGGAGACGUCUAUCGGUUUAUGCUGUCCGGAUAGCCAGGAUGGUACUGGGCAAACAAUUCGAUCGAAAAAAUCAUUCUACGACGAUUUAGCCAACAAAUUACCGACAAUAGCGAAUCUCGACGACGAUGCGGAAGAGUGGGACGAAACCCACGGAAACAAGGACGAGAACAGACCACCUGUCAACAAGACUGACAAUGUGAAUUUAUCGAAAGAUACGAUGCAGGUCAAGCUAGACGCGAGAAAACCACGAAGACCCAGAGGGUGCGGUACAACCACGAGAAUGAAGACCAGAAUCGCGGGUGGCCAGCCAGCUGAUCCUAAAGAGUGGCCGUGGAUGGCGGCUCUUCUUAGAGGAAACACGGUUCAAUAUUGCGGAGGCGUAUUGAUCACUGACAGGCACGUGCUUACCGCCGCACACUGCGUUUACAGAUUCAAACUAAGCGACAUCACCGUGAGACUCGGCGAGUACGAUUUUACUACAUCCGAGGAGACGCGAGCGUUAGAUUUCGCGGUGUCGGAGAUACGGAUACACAGGGACUUCCAAUUGAACACCUACGAACACGACAUUGCUAUUAUUAAGAUCAAUCGACCCACCGUGUUUAACAGCUACAUCUGGCCCAUCUGCCUUCCGCCCAUUCAGCAAACGUUCGAGAAUAAGAACGCCAUCGUUACCGGCUGGGGCACGCAAUACUACGGAGGACCAGCUAGUACAGUGUUGCUGGAAGCUGCGGUGCCGGUAUGGCCCCAAGAAAAAUGCAUUCGCAGCUUCACGCAGCUAAUCCCGACUACUACUCUGUGCGCCGGCGCUUACGAGGGAGGCCGUGACGCCUGUCAAGGUGACUCGGGCGGUCCGUUGCUGCAUCAACUCGCCAACGGCAGGUGGGUCAACAUCGGGAUAGUAUCCUGGGGGAUUCGCUGCGGUGAACCCGGAUAUCCGGGGAUAUAUACCCGCGUUAGCUCUUACCUCGAUUGGAUAUUUGCGAAUGCCGUGUUUUGACAGAGUCACGUAGCACCAGCCGUCACUCUCACGUGCCAAAGAUUUUAUUAUUUUUUUUUUAUACAUCUAGAAUUUCUCGCACCUUACUUAAGACAUCUAUUUGAUAAAGCCAUUUCUUUCCUGCUGUAAUCAAUGAUGCAAAAAUAAGUUUAUUAAAUAUGGAUAUACUCAAUCGGACGCCGAUUUAACUGUUAGACGGUCUUGAAAACGAUUAAACUUUAUUUUCGGAAUAUUCAUUGGUACAUCGUUGAAAGAGAGAUUGACACAGACAGAAUUUCACUCUUUACGAUGCGUCACACUCCUCGUGCCACCACACCACGUUUACAGCAAGGCGACCGCGGAGUAUCAUCAGCCACCUGCACCGUUCGUUCAUACAUUAAACACGGGUAUGCAAUCGCGACUGCACGUGCGCAUAUCUGCCUUAUGUACGUAUAAAUGUAUGUAUAUAUGUAUGUGUGUGUGUGUGUAUAUGCUUGUGUAUGGCUUGUCCUUCGCAGACAUAUGCACCAGCAAUCGGUAUUAAUUUCUCAGACACGUCAUAUAAUUGUUUUGCGAGAGGCCCAGCCUCCGUUUGCCACGAAUGGCCCUAAACAUCGAUGUUAGCUACGGUAACUUUUGCUUUUGCAGCCAUAUACAUAUAUUUAUAUAUAAUCUAAUCUCGUAACAUAUACAUGUACUUGCGUAUACAUAUAUAUCUCUUUUUUUUCUCUUUUGUAUAUUUAUAUAUAACAUCCUUACACAUAUAGGUACGGAAUCUCUGUGUUUGCGUGGGUCUCGCGACGCGUUGCGAACGGUAAUAUUUGUCGUGUCGGCAUGCGACGAUAAACACUGUGGCCGAGCUAUGUCUUUCAUGAUGCUUUGCUCGUGAUCCGAUGAUUUCGCAGAUGAGUUCGGAAGGAUGCGAAAAAUAUUUUACAGUAAAUAAAAACGUUGUAUUGGAAGAAGCUUACGCAAAAAUAUUUCUAUAGAACGUAUACCAUUUUGGUCAGAGAAAACCGUUAUUUUUCUUACGAUUAAUUUUAAGUCAAU